AUGGACCUGCAAGCCUUUAUUUUAUGUGGCAAAGGCGCUAAACUUGUACCGUUCACGCAAGCGCGCGGCGAUUCGGGCCUUUCCAAGGCGCUGUUGCCCAUUGCAAACAGACAUAUGAUCGAAUACGUUUUGGAUUGGUGCGAACAAGCGAAUUUCUCAGAGGUGGUUGUUGUGGCAGGAUCCGACGAGUCGGCACAAAUUCAAGACGCUCUCAAAAGUUACCAGGACAUUCGGGAACGUCAAAUCGCGAUACUCACAUCACAGCAUGGUCCCAAUGUGACAGGCGGGACACCUCUGAGACCAGUGCCCAUCAAGUUCAUGACCGCUAAAAACGACCAAACAGGUGCUAUCCUGCAAAAAGAGCUUCUUCCUCGUAUCAAGGGCGACUUUGUGCUUUUGCCCUGCGAUUUUGUCACAGAAAUUCCUCCACAGAUCUUCAUAGAUCAAUUCCGCAAUAAGGACCCAGAUAACUUGGCCAUGGCUGUCAGAUACCUCAAUACCUUUGACUCUUUUGACAAAAAACAACUUGAUGUUUCCUACACUAUCUACUCUGAGAAUGAAAACUCUGUCAAGCAACCUGUGCUUCUAGAUUCUUAUUCGCAAGAAGAUGUUGAAAGAUCCAAAUAUUUGCAGGCAAGGUCUCAUUUGCUAUGGCGUUAUCCAAAUACAUCCGUAUCCAAGAAGCUUUUGGAUGCAUCUGUGUAUUUCUGCUCGUAUGAUCUAGUAGAAUUGUUACAACCGGCCGAACUAUCCACAGCCCACUCUGAAACUGAAUCCGAUAACGAUGACGAUGCUAUUGACCCAAAGCAGAAAGAUGAUCUGGUGCAACCGAUUAGGUUUCGCGCCAAAUGCAAGCUUUUCAAAGACCCUAUCAAUUGCAAUAAACCAAUCUUCAAGGUCUUUAGAGAUCUGGCCAGACGCUCGUGGCAGCACUCCACGCCUAGAGAAACCAUCGGACUCUUCAUUCUCCCAAGUUUGGGGUUGUUCAUUCGUUCCAACAUCCUCAGUGCAUACAUGGAGGCAAAUCGUUGCAUGCUUAGGGUCAGGUCCUCUCUUUUUGCUACCCAUGGACCUUCAGGCAUGGGUAAUGCGAUCGGAGGUGAUUCGAUAGUGGGAGCGAAUUGCACAAUUCUAGAGAGAGGUAGCAUCAAACUGUCUGUCGUAGGCAACAAUUGUCGGAUCGGCAAACGCUGCCGCAUAGUCGGAUCGAUAAUUCUUGACAACGUUGAGAUUGACGAUGAAUGUAUCCUCGAAAACGUUAUUGUUGGAAGUCUUGCGAAAGUGGGCAAGAAAUGCAAACUUACGAACUCCUAUGUUGAGGGGGCAUAUGUUGUGGGAGCGAAAACCGUUGUCAAAGGUGAAACGUUAUCGCACAUUUUCCUAGAGGAAAGUGAUCAAAGCUCGGGCUCUGCGGAAUCAUCAAAUGACGAUGACGACUCAGACAACAAUGCUGACGAUUACUACGAUGAAGAAUUUGAAGACGACGGACUUUUUGAGCGUUAA